UCUAGAAGGAAAGGCACAGGUGCUAUAUCCAGCACCGGCAGCCCCCUCGCAGACUGCUCAGAUGACAAACCGCACGAGCAGCCAGACACACUGAACCAGCGAGUGAGAUUUAAAAAUGGCAGACACUGACAGAUCUGCUGUAGAAACCAAGGGUAAACCCAUGGCCUUCCGCUCUCAAAAAGAGAUGUUUGAGAAGAUGGAGGAUUCUUUUAAGUAUUGCGCAUGUUGCCAAAAAUGGCCAAAACAGCUGUCAAACCCACAGAGCUUGAAGCGUUGUGCCAGAUGUCUACAUGUUUAUUACUGCUGUAGAGACUGUCAAAAAGGGGACUGGUCCAAACACAAGCAGUUCUGUUCACAGCUGCAUCUGGCUGCCAUUGACAGAGUGGUGGAAUGGCUUUUGAUCAAAGGAGACCUUCCAUUUGCCACAGAAAAGUGGCCAAAGCCUCAGUCAGAGGUCAAAGGUUGGGAUGAUUGGCUCGCAAUGCAGGGAGAUCUCACCCCUCAUCUCACUCCUGUUUUAAAUGGAGCAAACAUGAAAGAAUUGUGGAUUAAUGCUGGCAGACCUCAGCCGGACAACAAGGACCUGAAGCCGUCUCUAUGGAGAGUCUGCAGUGAUUUCUUCUCCAGACCGCUCACCAUAGCCUGGGGGAUGAGGAUUUUCGGCCUGAACCCUUUCUCCAAACCUCUCACCGUCCACCUGGUGGGAGCAGGUCAGAGUGAAACUUUAGCAGCCAGACUCACAGACUAUGAUGAGCUCAACAAAAUGUUCCCUGAACAUCAAGGUAUUGAGAUCGUCAUGGUGGGACCAGAGGUAGUGGACGGUCCCAUCAUGAGGCCACCUCUCAGGGCGUUUGGCCCCAAGCAGAGAGUCUACAUCAGCGCCUACAAGGGCCUCUAUCAUGAGUUCUGGGAGGAGCUGGUGGAGAAAGAGGAGGCAGCCAAGCCGGACCUGGUGGUUGGAUUUCAUCCUGGAUUUGAUGCCAGUCAGGGAUUGGACCAGGGGUGGCUUCCAACACUUCUGCUGCUCAGGGAUUACGAGAUCCCCUCCAUGUUUACUGCUUUAAGUGAGACAGAGAUGACGUACUCCCUGCAGAUCCUGCUGGAGUUGGAGAUGGACUUAAAGGGAAGUGGAGCCAACCCUUUUGCCUCGCUGAAACCAGAAGUAGAGAGUCUGAACAAGCCUCUCCUCUUUAGCAACUCCCACUACUUCUGUUUUCAGGGUCUGCUGGAGACCGUGGAGUUUGAGGAGCCAGAGGAGGCCUGAGGGAGCUGAGUGCUGAGAGACAUCUGGGACUUUGGACUAUGAAGUAUUGUUUUAUGUGCCUGAUUUUUCACCUGUAAAAUCCUUUAAAAAAUUUAAAUAGUGCGUGUUUACAUAUUUGUGCUAUCAUUGAAUGUUACUAUUGUUUUAUUCUGCUAGCUGCUACGAGUGUUUGCUUUGACAUUUGCCUUCACUAUCUCAUCUUCUUGGUGUGUAACUGCCAGAGUGUGACAUUUGAAUAUACUUUCUAUGAACUAUUAUAGUGAUAGUACAGAGGCUAUAAAACUUUACAGAAAUAUUCAACUGUCUUCCAAUUAUAAGUCUUCAAUAAAAAUGUUAGUCAAAUACACAGAUAAAUUGCCCCCUUUGCUCACACACAUCUUUGUCUCUUUUUAUUUUAAAAACUUGUAUUUCAAAAUAAUUUAACAUUUCAGCUGUUUUGAUUUGACAACAAAUGUACCAAAAAUGGUUUUAC